AUGGACAGGCCGCCGAGGCUGCAUCGCGCGGCACCGCCGUUGUGCCCGGUGACGGCGCUUGCCUUUUUCCAGAGGCGGCAGCCGGGCAUCGGCGAAGCAGAAGCAGCCGAGUCUGUGUUUCUGCUCGCCGCCGAGGACGGCUGGCUGUGUGUGUACGGUGUGUACGGAGACGCUCGGUCGACCACGUCUCUCGGCCGGUUGCACGGCCGGCUGCCUGUCUUUUCCGAGCAGGCCAUCCAGGGGUGCUGCGUGGACGAGCACGACGAGGGCGACGUUCUCGUCUGGGGCGGCCGAUCGGCAGCGCUGGUGCGCCGAGAGCAGAUCGAACGGCUGGGAGAGCAGCGAGCACAGAGCACAGAGUGUGUGGCAGCAACAGCCUGUCUGGAGGCCCGGGCGCCCGACUGGAUCUACGACGGGCUGCUGCCACGACGGGCUGGCGGUCUGGGCGCGCUCGUCACUGCGCACAACGAGGUGGUGCCGUUCCGCGUGGAUGGCCAGAAAGGACUGGUGCUGGGCGCAGCCAUCUCGCCGUCACGACCGGGACUCUACGCGGCCAAGCUGGCAUGGGGCGAGGAGGAGGAAGACGAACACAACAACGGUCUAGUCGUGGCAGCGGGUACAGCCUUUGGGGAGAUUAUCGUGUGGACGUGUCGGCUGGCGGACAGCAGCAGCGACAACGACAAUGACAACGACAUCCAGGUCCUCGACGUCUUUUCCGGACAUGAGGGCUCCAUCUUUGGUGUGGCGAUGCGGCCGGCCUUGGGACUUCUGGUCAGCUGCAGCGACGACCGCACCAUCCGGGCCUGGCCGCUGCGAUUAAAGCAGCCGGGAGGCCGUGGUGGUAGCCGUGGUCGCGUGCUGACAGAGGCGCGCGAGACGGGCUUCCUGACGAAAACAGCCGACGAUGGUGAUGCCACGACGACCCAGUCUCCUGAGGCUCUGGCCGUCGUCAUGGCACAUGCCUCACGCAUCUGGCACGUGCGCUUUGGGCCGGCGACGUCCAGCCGCAGCAGCAUCGGCCUCUUCUCCUUUGGCGAGGAUGCCACGGCCCAGGAGUGGCGUCUGGUCCUAGACACGACCGCGUCCUCUAGCUGCUUUGAACAUGUUCGCACGCUGUGUGGUCACGCCGGCAAGAACAUCUGGGCGGCCGCCGUGCUGCAGCCGCGCGGGACAUCCGACCAGCCUCCUCUCGUGGCCACUGGUGCUGCUGACGGGAAGAUCUGUCUCUUUGCCGGCGUCGACUCACAAGAACUGGAACAGGAACAAGAACAAGGUCACGUGCCGCCAUCUCGGCCAGACGGUCCUCCCAAGACGCGGCGCGACGAGGUCUUCAACAACUACGCAUUCCUGUCCGGCCACCACGUCCUCGCCGCCACCAGCCACGGCCGCCUUUUUCUGGGCAGCAUCCGCAUGGACGCCGUCGCCGCCUCGACCACCACCUGGGCCGAGGUCGACGUUCCUCCGGCGGCUGUGGUCACGCUGCAAAAGUACAACGUCGUGCGGGCGCCGCGUGCCGACGCCGGACCAGCCGUCCAGGGCCUCGCGCUCGUCGGCGGCGCUGGCGGACGGCUGUUUAUGUAUUCGCCGACAUCGUCCGAUAGCGAAAGCGGUCGGCUGCAACCGCUGGACACAGCCGUGGCUGGCAAGGUGGAGGACAUGUUCUUCUUGCCCGACGAGGAGGAGGGCAACGGCGGCGACGACAGCACCGUGCGUCUGCAGGUCGUCAUCGCCGUGCUGGCUCACGAUGCCCUUCUUCUCGACCUGGCCGUGUCCGCUGUCGAUGGCCGGGUGUUGAGCGAGCGCGCGCGACCGCUGCGACUGCCGUCUGGGUCUGAUCACGUGACUACCACAGCGGCCGGUCGAUGUUGCGGGCACGUGAUCCUGGGUUCGCGCAAGGGCCAGCUGCUGCUGUACCGACGAGGUGGCGACGACGACGACUACGACGAGACGCCUUCGGUGGAGACACACACAGAUACGCGCGACGCCAUCCUGACCGUGGUGCCGCUGCCGCCGCAACCGGGCCGGCCACGGGCGUCGUGUUCAGCGUUUGCAGCGACAGCCCGCGACGGCACAUACCGGAUCUAUGCAAUAGAGGAGAAGGAGCAGCACGGUGACGCAGCAGCUUCUGCUCUCUCUUUCCAGCUCCGUCAUGAGACGUCGCUUCCAUUUGGCCCGAUCAUCCGCGACGCCUGGUUUGUGGACAGCAGCAGCAGCAGCAGUCCGGAGCUCGUGCUCUGCGGCUUCCGCAGCUCGCGGUUCGUGGUGUGGAACGAGACGCGACAGCAGGAGCUGGCAGCGGUAGAGUGUGCAGGCACGCACCGAACGUAUGCGUACCGGCUGGGGGGAGGCGGGGAAGUGCGGCUGGCGUUUACACGGGGCGGCCGGCUGCACGUGUUUGCGCAGACAGCGAGUCCGCUGGCGACGGUGCGACCAGGCGGCCACGGACGCGAGAUCAAGGCGGUAGCGGCCAGUGCGAGCGGCCAGUACGUGGCCACGGGCGGUGAGGAUACGGUGGUGCGAGUGUGGGAGGGCAGGCGGAUAGGAAAUCAGCCAGACGGCCAUCGAAACUGCCUCGCCGUCCUCAAGCGCCACAACACCGGGCUCCACGGGCUCGCCUGGCUCGGCGACGACUGUCUCGUCAGCGCUGGUGGAGCCGAGGAGCUGUUCAUGUGGCGCGUCAGCCGCAUUGCCGACUCGGCCUACGACGGCCUCGCCGUGCUCUGCGCGUCAGCUUAUCCAGACCGCGUGGGCGAUGACAAGACGCUGCGCGUGACGGCCGUGGACGCGAGCCUGGAGGCCGAUGGGACUCUUCCGGCGAACACAAAGGCGAACAUGCUCAUCACCAUGGCCCUCUCCAACUCGGUCCUCAAGACGUACCGCUACUGUCCGGCCGAUGACUGCUGGCAGCUGCUGGCCCGCGGCCGCUACACCGGCGCCUGUCCGACCCAUGUACGCCAUCUGCGUCUGCGGCCACGUCAGGCCCUCGUCGUCCUGGCCGCCUUCACGGACGGCCACCUGUCGGUGUGGCAUGCCGACACAGCGUCAACCUCUAGCCAGCCAGCUUCGUAUACCCUUCUGCGCACCACACAGGUUCACCGCUGUGCCGUCAAGAGCCUGGACCUGUGGCAGCCUCUGGUCGGUCCUGCACGGCUGGCUGCCGUUGUCGUCACAGGCGGCGACGACAACGCCCUUGCUGUGACGCCCCUCGACAGCGACGGUACCGACUACGCAUUCCGCACGGCGAGCCGCGUGUCCAGCGCCCACGCAGCCGCUGUCACCGGUCUCUGCAUUCUCGGCGGCGCACAGCCGUCGGAAGCGGCCGUCCGGCUGACAGUCGUAUCCUGCAGCAACGACCAGCGGGUCAAGGCCUGGGCUGUGCACGUGGGGCCCUCGGUGCAGGUGCAGCUCCUCGACAGCCAGAGCAGCGCGGUGGCCGACGCGGCCGACAUGGAAAUGGUGGACGGACAGGAAGCCGACGGCGCAUCGGUCAUGGUCGUAGGCAUGGGCAUGGAGACGUGUGCCCACGUUACCCAGCCCAAUGCCCACCAGUCGACCAUCAUGAGCUUCACAGCAACACGUGCUCUUACGCGCCACGCCGGUGCCGGUCUGGCCCGCUGCACAGCCGGUCGAUGGCCCACGCUCGUUCUCGGAGCAGUGGCAGCAGCAGCGACGCCCACGGCGUCCACGGCCAGUCUGCCGACGUCGCCGCUCUGGCAGCCAACGGCCGUUUCGAGACGGGAGUUUGGGCACAGCAUCGUGCGAGCGAAAAAGGCCAGCGGUGGCGGCAAGAAGGGGGGCAAGGCGGACAAAAAGGACAAGGCCUCGCCGACGGCCGAGGACGAUGAUGGGGGCAACCACCCGCAGGCGGACGCGGCCGACCCGUUCAACUUUGCCGACGUGGAGUCGCGCUGGCAGCGCAGCGACGCCCACCACGAGGACAAGUUCCGGGAGCUGCGACGGGCUCUGGGCAGCGGAGCGGCAGAUGGCAGCGGUGCCGUAGACCUGGACGCGAUCGGGGCGACGCCGGUGACCAUGGCCGCGUCGGGCAGCGAAGGCGCCACGACCACGACGCUGUCACAGCUCGCGCUGGUGAUCCCGCGGGCCGGCGGCCGCUUUGUCGAGCUGCGCAUGCACAGCGCCACCAGCCGCAAGGCCAUCACGCGUGCCGUCCAGCACAGCCCACAGUUCCGCGGCCAGCAGCCCCAGCCAGACCCCGACGAUGAGCUCGUCCUGCUCGUCCGCAUGGGCGGCGUGCAUGAGGGCGCCACCGAGGCUGCCGCUGCGGCUGUCGAGCGCGCCCGCCGCGUGUCCGACCUGGCCAACGGCUGGCGCGCGCAGAUCCGCCGGGCCACCGCGCGGCGCCAAAAGACACAUCAGACCUGGCGAAAGGAUGGGUCCGUCCGGCCCGACGACCUGCACCGCCUCGACCGCGACUUGCUCCGCGGCCAGGACAAACACCUGGCCCACAUCGACACCGUCGAGAAAGAGGCCGUCCGGCUGCUGGAGCGGACUGGGAGGCGGUGA